UCCCGGCCUGCCAGUCUCUCCGCGCCCGUGCCCCGCCGUCCCAGCGCUGCCCUGAGCUCCCCCCGCCGGCCGCCCCCGCAGCCUAUGGCCCUGGAGGGCGCCACUGCCGCCGCCUGUAUUUCUGCUGUAGGUUCCCACAUCCCUCUUUAAAAAUUCCGCCUAAAAAGCGAAGACGAUUUACCAAAUCUUUCGGGCCGUUGUCCCACGGCAAACUCUCUGAUCAGGUUUAUAACUAUCCAGAAGGCCUAGGAGAAGUGCUUUAUAGAGAGCAGUUCGACUUCAACGCCGAGCCACCUUGGGAACCUAGCUGAUGAUAGUAGGGUUCCAUCUCCUAACUUGUCCAUUUUGUUGCAUAAUUUAAGGACCCGGAUCCAAGGCUUGACGGCCUGUCCCUUGUGUUUCUUGGUUUAUGACUGUCGGCUUUGCGGAAUACGGCUGAGAUGAAAGGAUUUCUUGAGGAUGCAAACUACUCCAUUGGCCUGCUGGAUGAAGGAGCAACUCUUGGAGAUGUUAUUGACAACUAUGUUUAUGAACAUACACUUACUGGAAAAAAUGCAUUUUUUGUUGGUGAUCUUGGAAAGCUUCUGAAGAAACACAACCAAUGGCAGAAUGUGAUGGCACCAGUAAAACCAUUUUACGCUGUAAAAUGCAAUUCCUCUCCUGGUGUACUUGAGAUUCUGGCAGCUCUUGGAAUUGGGUUUGCAUGUUCUAGUAAAUCUGAAAUGACAUUGGUACAAGACUUGGGCAUUGCUCCUGAAAACAUUAUAUAUACAAAUCCUUGCAAGCAAGCUUCUCAGAUAAAAUAUGCAGCGAAAACUGGGGUAAACAUCAUGACUUGUGACAAUGAAAGUGAAUUAAAGAAAAUUGCACGUAACCAUCCAAGUGCUAAGCUCUUACUACAUAUUGCCACAGAAGACAUUAGUGGAGCUGAGGAGAUGAACAUGAAAUUUGGCACCAUGCUGAAGAGCUGUAGGCACCUCAUGGAAUGUGCUAAGGAGCUUGAAGUCCAAAUAGUUGGUGUUAAAUUUCACAUUUCAAGCUCUUGCAAGGAACCUCAAGUGUACAUUCAUGCUAUAUCUGAUGCUCGGUGUGUGUUUGACAUGGCUGAAGAAUUUGGCUUUAAGAUGAACAUGUUGGACAUUGGUGGGGGCUUCACAGGUUCAGAACUUCAGCUGGAAGAGGUUAAUCAUGUCAUCAGUCCAUUAUUGGAUGUCUACUUUCCUGAAGAAUCUGGUGUUAAUGUGAUUGCAGAGCCUGGAUGUUAUUAUGUUUCAUCUGCAUUUACUCUAGCAGUUAACAUCAUUGCAAAGAAAGCUGUUGAACAUGAUAAAGUUCUUCCCUCUGGAAUGGAGCAACCCAGGAGUGAUGAUGAGCCAACCUUUAUGUACUACAUGAACGAUGGUGUUUAUGGUUCUUUUGCAAGUAAAUUGUCUGAGAAAUUUAAUACCAUCCCUGAGGUUCACAAGAAAUACAAGGAAGAUGAGCCUCUGUUUGCCAGCAGCCUUUGGGGUCCAUCCUGUGAUGAGCUUGAUCAAAUUGUGGAAAACUGUCUUCUUCCCGAGUUGAGUGUCGGAGACUGGCUGAUCUUUGAUAAUAUGGGUUCUGGUACCUUGGGUCAACAGUCUGCCUUUAAUGAUUUUCAGAGGCCACCAGUUUACUACAUGAUGUCUUUCAAUGACUGGUAUGAGAUGCAAGAUGCUGGAAUUACUUCAGACACAUUGAUGAAGAACUUCUUCUUUGUGCCUUCUUGCAUUCAGCUGAGCCCAGAAGACAGCUUUUCCACUGCAGCUUAAACAGGCAGUAACGCUUCAUGUAGACUUGCAGUUGCAAGCCUGUAGUUUGUCUGGUCAACAUUCCACUCUGGAAUUAAAAUGGAACAAUCUUGAAUUCAACUCAUUCUCUUCAAAACUUGAAAAUUAGUAAUAGCCAAUUGGGACCAGGCAAAACCAGCUACAACUACAAUUCACUGGGGGUGGGAGGGUUAGUUAAUAAUGUCUAGAUUUAAACUUGCCAGUUCGUUCAGCCCCUGAGCGUUUAAAUAAAAUAUGCAACAAAAUGGAUGACUUAGUUGAGAUGGAAACCCAUCACUUGGGUUCUCAGUUAAACAGUUUACAUACAAGUACACAGUUUUUAUACUAAGGAUUCUUGUUAGAAAGUCUUGUAAAGUUAUUGUCUUUCACCCAGAUAUAUCAAAUGUCAGUGGGAGACUAGUGUGACUUCAUUAGAGAUGUUCAGUGUAUUUAGUGUGUAAAUUUGUGCUUUGAACUGUAGUUCAAUAAAUGUAAAAUUGCAUCAUAGUAUUUGUUGUAUUUGACCCUUGACGUAACCCGUGUAUGACUGCAAUAAAACUUUGUGUAGAUUUUUUUUUCAGGUUCUCUUUGUGAGAGGGACUAGAUAGCAGUGAAAUGGAUAUGUAGAUGAUUGUUUUGAAAGGAUUUUUUUUUCUUCCAGCCUAUUUCAGGUUUAGGUUGGCAGAACAUUAAAUAAUGAAUAGUUAAUUUAAGUAAAUUAAGUUUGGUGAACUAGUGUGAAGGGAAGUUCAGAUAAGUUCCUGGAAAGCUGAAAUGCAGUUUGAUGGUGCUUCAACAUAGAAAUGUUAAUAUAAUUUAGUUUAACACCAGAAAUAUCAAACCUUCAAGACAACAGGAGUGAAUAGCAGUACCUAGGAGAGGUAGCUGUAGCUAGAAUGCAUGUAAAACCCAUGUAGAAAUAUGAAUUACAGCUAUACUGAAUGUUAAAUAGAAAUGUCAGGUCCCUUUUUUUGAACCAGCUUUAUAGAAAAACUUCUAGUCCUGUACAGCAUUAAGUCUUUGUAAUAGAAGGGCUACAUGUCUUCAGAAACCUGGAUGAUCUUUUGCACUGUACAUUGUGUAUUUAUGUAACAGCAAAGCACACCAACUAUAUAUGCCCAUUAAUCUUAAUAACUGAAGCUGUUCAGUGGAAUUACUUGUUCUGUUGUUAAAGCAUCUUGAUUUUUUUCUCUAGUCCACUCCUUUUACAUUUUAAAAUAUUUUUCUUGCUAAUCUGAAACUUAGGAGUCAGGAUUGUGAAAUACUCAUGGCUAUUAAAUCCUGGAUCCCUGAAUCAAAAAGGAUUAAUUAGAAAAUGGAGAUUUUUUUUUUUUUUUAGCUCCUUACCUGGGGUGUGAAAUUUCCACCUGACUUGUACAAAUGCAUUUAACAUUAGUGACAACUGGCAGGAAAUCCAAGUUUGCAGUUCAGAAAGGCUAAGAAUACAUAAUAUUUUAUACCUUUUAAACGUGGAAAGAAAGUUUAUCAUGGAAUGAUCCUUUCAACUUGGACUUCCAGCACCAAGGGCUUGCCUACACCCAGUUUCAUAUCUGUAACUACGUUCACAGUAGGGAAUUGUACCAUGCUGUUUCUCAAUUGAUAGAGUAGUGUAGGCCAGCCCUAAGGGAAGCACUAAGAUACCUAAAUACUUCUGAGGAUUUAGGCCUAAGUACCACUGAAAUCAGUGGCUGUUAGGUACUUAAAUACCUUUGCACCUCUGGGCUUAACUGUCUUGUGAUUUUUGAGUUAAUGAAUUGUUCCUGUCUUUUGAAGGGAUAGAUUGAAGAUGGCCAUGUUAUAAGAAUUAUUUAUGGGGGUUAAUACAUUAGAAGUUAAUUUCUUAUGGAAAAUCUAGCCAUCAGACCAAAUUUCUCUAGGUUUGAAAGAGUCUAUGUACUCUAGUCCUCCAAUGGCAGGUUUGGCUGAAACCCUAACCAACCCAACUGAUUUGUAUUUAUCUGAGAUCAUGUUGCAAGAUUCGCUGUGGAGCCUUAAGGAGAAUUGUUUUAUGUUAAACUUGCAGCUCAGUUGCAAAUUCCUUUGUAAAUGAUAGGGUCGUCAGUUCAGACAUAUCUAUUGUAUAUGAAGACAGUUUGCCAUAAAAAAUUUAAGUUUGAACCCAGUAUGUAUUUCAAUUUGAUGCUAAAAAUUGUUACCAUCAUUUGUUUACAAUACUGUAAUCUCAAUUCAAAUAUUAAUAUAAACCUGAAUGAUUUCUAUAUAAGUGAACUGUAAUGUAGCUUUGUCAUGCUGAAUACACAUCUGCAACUUCUUGCUCAGUGGCUCAGAAAA